CACCCAUUGACAUCACUAUUUCCAACCUUUCGCUUAGACAACCCUUUCGAGAAGAAGCUCCAAAUUUAUUCACACCCUCCCUCUGUCUGCUUACUUCAUCGCCAUCAUCGUUUUAUCCCCACCGCGCAGCUUGAAAAUGUCAGCAAUUUUUUCUUUUGCGGUUACCAUUCAUCCACCCAACUCUCUCACCUCAAAGCAUCCCCUGUUUUCCUCUGUUUUUUAGUCUUCAAUGGCGCCUUCCUACCCACCUACCCGAGUAAAACCAGUUACCAUGUCGACGAUCAAACACCCAAAAGAUCCAAGAACUCCAUCCAUAUACUACAAGUCUAAAUCAUUGACCAAUCUCAUUAAAGCCGAAAGACAAGACAUUCAAUUUCUUACCGAAGAAAUUCGGAUAAGUAAACGCCUAAGCAAUAAAGCAUACCUCCACCAUGGACCAUGAGUUCAUUGACCUUCAAUCCAAAAGCAUUGAUUGAUUCCCCAAACUUUGCUGCUUUAAGCUAAGCAAAGAAAAUCAAAGAUCGAAAUGCGGCUAUAAGUGGAGUUUGAAUUUCUCAGUUUUUCAAACGAAGAGCAAUUCAGAAUCCUCUGUUUUGCUUUUGUUGUCAAUGGCGGAGUGGAUUAACCAUUGAAAACACUUCAUAUAUCGAAAAUCGGAUUUUCCAGAAGGAGAUCCAGAAAAUCCUUUCAAACACUUCUUCUUGCUUACUUCAUCGCCAUUAUCUAUCCCACCGAGUUUGAAAAGGUCCGAAAACAAUUGCCUUUUGCCGUGUCCAUCCAUCCAACUUUCUCGCUAUAUAUAGCUCCUCUGUUUUCUUCAUCCCAAAAAACACCAUCUCAAAAACCUCCCCUGUUUUCGUCUUCUUUCAAAAUGGCGCCUUCCAAGCUUAUUACCAUGUUCAUCUCCACCGUCCUGCUGGUUCUCCUCCUCCGCCCUGCUGCCGCGCAAGCUCCAUCCGUUGUCAGAGGCGGUUACUGGUUCCCGGAAAGUGGGUUCGCCGCCUCUGCCAUCAACUCCAGGCUUUUCACUCACCUCUUCUGCGCGUUCGCCGCAGUUGACUCGGGGACCUACCGGGUCACCAUCUCCUCCGCAAACCAGCCUCAAUUUUCGAGCUUUACCCAGACGGUUCAGCGGCAGAACCCGUCGGUGAAAACCCUUUUGUCGAUCGCCGGCGGCAGCGCCAAUCUCGCGACUCUUGCUGCCAUGGCGAGUCAACCGGGCAGAAGGAAGGCGUUCAUCGAUUCCUCCAUUAGCCUUGCAAGACAAUACAAUUUCCAUGGCUUGGACCUCGAUUGGGAGUACCCAUCGGACACAACCCAGAUGGCCAAUUUCGGCGCCCUCCUCACCGAAUGGCGCGCCGCCGUGGCGGCGGAGGCUAGGAGCUCCGGCAAGCAGCCUCUGCUUCUCACCGCCGCCGUCCUCUACUUACCCUACUACUACUCCUCCGCCGUCCCGUACCCCAUCAGAACCAUAUCAAACUCCCUGGACUGGAUCAACCUGAUGGCCUACGACUUCUACGGUCCCGGCUGGUCGCCGACGACCACCGGCCCGCCGGCGGCCCUGUACAACCCCGGCCGCCGGGAGAGCGGCGACAACGGGGUCAACUCAUGGACCCAAUCCGGACUUCCCGCCAAGAAAAUCGUCCUCGGAAUGCCGUUCUACGGGUGGUCAUGGCGGCUCGCCGACGCCGGGAAGAACGGACUUUUCUCGCCGGCGAAUGGGAAGGCGUUGGCCGGAGAAGGGUCGGCAGGGUAUAAUCAGAUUAAUUCGUUUAUUGCGCAGAACAGGGCGACCAAGGUGUUCAAUUCCACGGUCGUUUCGGAUUACUGUUACAGCGGGACGACUUGGAUUGGAUACGACGACGUACAGAGCGUUUCGACGAAGGUUGCUUAUGCCAAGAGGAAGGGUUUGCUUGGCUACUUCGCUUGGCAUGUUGGUGCUGAUGACAAUUGGGCUCUCUCUACCAGAGCAUCGCAGGCAUGGGGAGCUUGAGGAAUGGCGGUCAAGUGUUGGAGCAAAGGGAUCGAUGAAGUAAUAAUGCUAAAUACAAUAAUGUGAAGGCAUGUUUGUCAUAUGAUAUUACUAAAUAAGUAUAAAAUACUUGGAUUCUCAGUUCCUCACCAUGCAAGGGGGUAAAAUAGAGGAAACAAAGGUUGUAUUUGUUUCCACUUAAAAGAAACCUUAAUCUAAGAA